GUUGGCAGGGGGCGGGCUCGUCGCGUGGCCCCGCCCACUCCGGUCAGCGGUUGCCGGGAGGGCGGCGCCCCGGCCGCGGCUGCGGCGGCUCCUCAGAUGCUUUCCAGGAAAAGAGGGGAAACACCUUGCUGAUGCCACCAGCUUCAAACCAGUCUUCUCCAUCUGCUUUCUGUCUGCCUGGGAUUCCUGGAAGUGUCUGGUCUGAAGAGAGGCGUCCAUGUUCACACCAGGAGGCGAAAAGAAGCCGGAGCCACAGUGAUGAGUGAGACCUACGUGAAGAGGCUGUCCACCAUCCUGCUGGACGCCAUCACUGACAAGGACCCUCGGGUGCAGGAGCAGGUAUGUGGCGCCCUGUGCGCCCUCGGAGAGUCACAGCCAGUGGAGGUGCUUAGCGCCUGUGAGGAGCACCUGCGGCUGCACGAAAAGCUAGCUCAUCCAUACCGGACGAUGAUCCUAAGGGCCAUGGAGAUAGUCGUGAGCAAUCACAUCGGCGAGCUGGACAAGGACAUGGCCAGGGCCAUCAUCCUCCUGGCCUCCAAUGAGAUGACCAAAGUGAAGGAGCUGGUCUCUGAUUGGCAGCAAGCCGCCAGCAGCGUCCUGGUGGCGGUGGGGAGGCGGUUCAUCAGCAGCGUGAUGGAGGAGCUGCUGAGCAAGUUCCAGCCCGGGCUCCUGCCGCACCCCUGCACCAUGCACACGCUCGCCAGCCUCUCCGUCUCCAAUGUGUUUGGCAUGGUGCCCUUCCUGACGUCCAUCCUCAGCACCAUGCUGCCCAUGCUGGGCGCAGCCAAGCACGACUCAAUGAAAGUGGUGUUCUGCUGUGCUCUGCAGCGCUUCAGUGAGAGCACCCUGGAGUACCUGGCCAACCUGGAUCAGGCCCCAGACCCCACAGUCAGAAAGGACGCCUUUGCCUCAGACAUCUCUGGUGCUUACGACAUCCUUUUCCACCAGUGGCUACAGAGCCGGGAAGCGAAGCUGCGGCUCGCAGUGGUGGAGGCCCUGGGGCCCAUGAGCCACCUGCUCCCCAGUGAGAAGCUGGAGGAGCAGCUCCCCAAGCUGCUGCCCGGCGUGCUCGCCCUCUACAAGAAGCACGCCGAGACCGUCCACGUGUCCAAGAGCCUCGGCCAGAUCCUGGAGGCAGCCGUGAGCGUGGGCAGCCGCACUCUGGACGUCCAGCUUGACUCUCUCCUUGCCGCUCUGCACACUCAGAUCUGCGUGCCUGUGGAGUCAUCCAGCCCGCUGGUGAUGAGCAACCAGAAGGAGGUGCUGCGCUGCUUCACGGUGCUGGCCUGCUACUCGCCGGACCGCCUGCUGGCCUUCCUGCUGCCCAAGCUGGACACCAGCAACGAGAGGACCCGUGUGGGCACCCUGCAGGUCCUGAGGCACAUCAUCAACGCGGCGGCUGCUCAGAUGGAAGUUAAGAAACCCUUCAUUCUUUCCUCCAUGAAGCUCCCUCUUCUGGACACCAACAACAAGGUGAAGCGGGCAGUGGUGCAGGUGGUCAGCGCCAUGGCCCACCACGGCUACCUGGAGCAGCCUGGCGGCAAGGCCAUGAUCGAAUACAUCGUGCAGCAGUGUGCUCUGCCCCCCGAGGCUGAGACUCAGAAGCCUGGUGCGGACAGUGAGGCCCUGGCGGCCGACAGCGUGCGGGCCAUCAGCGUCAGCACCCUCUACCUGGUCAGCACCACCGUGGACAGGAUGGGCGAGGUCCUCUGGCCGUACCUGCUUGAGUUCCUGGUCCCCAUUCGCUUCACCGGGGCGCUGAGCCCGCUCUGCAGGAGCCUUGUGCACUUGGCCCAGAAGAGGCAGGAGGCGGGGGCCCAUGCCCCCCUCAUCCAGUACAACGGCAAUGUGCACCUCCCGUCUCCCUACGCCAUCACCACCAGACUCCUGGUCGUGUCUUCCAAUCCCUAUGUGGGGGACGGUCGCGGAGCAGCCUCGCUGCGCCUCCUGAGUGUCUUGCAUCAGGAUAUCCACCCGGCCCUGGGUCAGCGGUGGGCGACUGCCAUCCCCCUGCUGCUGGAGCACCUGGACGAAUACAGUGAAGAAACCCUGCCACAGGAGGAGUGGGAAGAAAAGCUGCUGAUGUUUCUCCGGGAUUCCCUGGCUGUCGUGUCUGACAACACCUGGGUCUGCCAGCUGACCCUGGAAAUGUGCAAGCAGCUACCCAACUACAACGGGAUGCCCCUGGAGAAGAACUUCCUGUACAAAUGUGUCGGGACCACCCUGGGUGCCGCUUCAAGUAAGGAGGUGGUGAGGAAGCACCUGCAGGAGCUGCUGGAGACGGCCAGAUACCAGGAGGAGAGGGAGCGUGAGGGCCUUGCCUGUUGCUUUGGGAUCUGUGCCAUCUCCCACCUGGAUGACACCCUGGCCCAGCUGGAAGACUUUGUGAAGUCAGACGUGCUCAGAAAAUCUGCCGGCAUUUUCAGCAUUUUUAAGGAUCGGAGCGAGAGUGAGGCCGACAGAGUGAGGAGCGCGCUGAUUCUGUGCUACGGGCACGUGGCGGCCCGGGCCCCGCGCGAGCUGCUGCUGGCCAGGGUGGAGGCAGACGUGUUUCGGAACAUGUCCCAGUGCUUCAGCACCAAGGUUCUGGGGAUAAAGGUAGAGACCAAGGACCCGGCCCUGAGACUGAGCCUGGUGCAGAGUGUGUGCAUGGCCACCCAGGCCAUCUGCAGCAGCGCCCACGGCGGCUCCUUCCACCUCUUGAGGAAGGCGGAGCUGGUGGCGCAGAUGGUGGAGUUCAUCAAAGCGGAGCCCCCAGACUCGCUGAGGACGCCCAUUCGGAAGAAGGCCAUGCUAGCCUGCAUGUACCUGGUUACCCUGGAGCCGGCCCUGGAGGAGCAGGUGCAGGCGGACCUGAUUCACAGCUGCCUGCACAGUGUCAUGGCCGUGCUGCCUGAACCAGAGGAGGGGGACAGCCUCCAGGAGCUAUCAGUGGCCCCCACGGUGGCCCUGUCCAGGGAUGGGGGGUCACAGCAGGACUGGCAGCUUCUCUUCUUCCAGUCCCUGUACCUGGACACCAUGCAGGCCCUCAAGGACUUGCUGACGAGCCUCCUUCAGCGGAACAUGACGCCCCAGGGUCUGCAGGUCAUGGUGGAGCACCUGAGCCCGUGGAUCAAGUCCCCAAAGGGCCACGAGCGGGUGCGGGCGCUUGGCCUGAGUGCCUGCCUGCUGCAGUUCUUCCUAGAACACCUGCAGAUCAGCGCCCUGGUGCCCUUCCACAACCUGGGCCUCCUCGUUGGCCUCUUCUCCCCACGGUGCGCCGACCUCUGGCCUGCCACUCGCCGAGAGGCUGUGAGCUGCGUCCACUCCCUGCUGUACCUGCAGCUGGGCUAUGAGGGCUUCUCGAGAGACUACCGGGAUGACGUGGCUGAGCAGCUCCUCAGCCUCAAGGAUGGCCUGGUGCACCCUGACCCUGCCGUUCUCUUCCACACCUGCCACAGCAUCGCCCAGAUUAUCGCCAAGCGCCUCCCACCAGAUCAGCUCAUCAGCCUCUUGCUAACCUUGUUUGAGGGCCUGGGAGAUCCCGACAAGAACUGCUCACGAGCUGCCACUGUCAUGAUCAACUGCUUGCUGAAGGAGCGGGGCAACAUGCUGCAGGAGAAGGUGCCCGAGAUCGUGAGCGUGCUGCGCUCGAAGAUGCAGGAGACCCGAGAGGAGCACGUCCUACAGGCUGCACAGCACAGCGUGUUUGUCCUGGCCGCCCACCACUGCGCCGCGGUGGUGUCCAGCCUUCUGGGCAGCCCCCUGCCCUUUGACAGCCACACCUGCACCCUGUGGCAAGCACUGGCCUUGGAGCCCGGCCUCGCUGCACAGGUCUUGGGGCUGCUCCUGGAGAAGAUAAGCAGGGACGUCCCAUUCAAGGAGAGCCGGGCCUUCCUGCUGAGCAGCACCCCGGACCGCGUGGCUACCCUGCUGCCCCUCGCGGCCACCUGUGCACUGCACGAGGUCGCAUCUGCCCCAGCGUCAGGGCCAGCGGUGCUGGAGCUCUACCCCCAGCUGUUUGUGGCACUGCUGCUGCGGGUCAGCUGCACCAUGGGUGUCCAGCCGCCCCGGCACCUGCAGGCCAAGGAGAGGAGGAGCGCCAGCUCGGGCCUGGCCUCACGGAGCCUCGAGCCUUGCAGCUCUGCGGUGGAUGCGCUGCAGGCCGUGCUUAUCCGCAGCGGCAACGAGGACGUGGUGCAGCGCAUGGAGCUGGACGGGGGCUGGCAGCUGCUCAAGACCUCAGCUGGGCACGAGGAGGGCGUCACCCGGCUGGCCAGUGCCAUGGCCAAGUUUGCAGGCCCCCGGCUGCCCCUGGUGAUGAAGGUGCUCUUCGCCACACAGAGCAGCGUGUAUGAGGUCCAGAGGAUCACCUCCACAGCCUUCCUGGCUGAGCUGCUCAGCAGCAACGUGGUGAAUGACCUGAUGCUCCUGGAGUCGCUGCUGGACAACCUGAUGGCACGGCAGAAGGACACGAGCGCCCGCGUACGGAGGCUGGUGCUCCGCGGCCUGGCCAACGUUGCCUUGGGCUCCCCAGAUAAGGUACGGACCCACGGCCCCCAACUCCUGACGGCCAUGAUUGGUGGGCUGGAUGAUGGGGACGACCCACACAGCCUGGUGGCGCUGGAGGCCAUGGUGGGCCUGGCAAGACUGAUGGACCUGGUGGACGCCUGGGACCUGCGUGCGGUGCUGCUACACAUUGCUGUCCGCAUUCGGCCCUUCUUUGACAGUGAAAGGAUGGAGUUCCGCUCAGCGUCCAUCCGCCUCUUUGGGCACCUCAACAAGGCCUGCCGUGGGGACUGCGAGGAUGUCUUUCUGGAGCAGGUUGUGGGCGGCCUGGCGCCCCUUCUGCUGCACCUGCAGGACCCCCAGGCCCCCGUGGUCGCGGCCUGCAGGUUCGCCUUGCGCAUGUGCGGCCCCAACCUGGAGUGUGAGGAGCUGGCAGCUGUCUUCCAGAAGCACCUGCAGGAAGGCCGCGGCCUGCACUUUGGAGAGUUUCUCAAUACCACCUGCAAGCACCUGAUGCGCCACUUCCCCGACCUGCUGGGCCGCUUGCUGAGCACCAGUCUGUUCUACUUCAAGAGCAGCUGGGAGGAUGUCCGUGCUGCUGCCCCCAUGCUCACAGGGUUCUUGGUGCUGCACGUGGAGGCUGAGCAGCGGCCACAGGUGGACCUGGAGCAGCUCCUCGCGGCACUCCAGCUGCUGCUCAAGGACCCAGCCCCCGAGGUGCGUGCGAAGGCUGCGGAGACUCUGGGCCGCCUGGUGAAGUUCGCCUGAGUCUGCCCCAACACCCAAUACCGGCCUGGCCGGCCUGAGGGUCCAAGACAAGGUCCUAAGGAGUCCCCUGCCCACAGGCAGAGUGGGGAAGCCUUGGGCCCACACAGCAAGGGAGGGCUGGAACACAAGGGUGGUCAAGUCGCCGACCCCCGU